CCACCUCAACCCUCCAAACCAACCAGCCCGUGAUCACCAACCCUCAAACCCUCACCACCUUUCACCAUCCCCCAAGCAUCCAUAGACCAUAGACAUGUGCGGCCCCUCGCGCCCCAGCACGGGCAACCUCAUCGCCAUCAUCUUCCCCUCCCUCUCGGGCUCCUCCUCCUCCUCCUCCUCCUCCUCGUAUUCCCUCACCUUCAGCCACGACCCCCGCACACCCGACGGCCCAACGAGGGCGAUCUUCCGAUUCCCCGAUCCCAAAGUCAGGGAGAUCUUUUCCGCUGCCCGCGGGGUGGAUCUGCGGAUUGAAAAGUAUGGGGAUUUGACUGCCUCUGUGGCGGGUGGGGGGUGUGAGCCGCCGUUGUAUUGGUUUCGGGUUGGGUUGGAUGGGGGUUCACUGUCACCGCUGUCGCUGCGGGAGCGGGAGCGGGAGCGGGAGCGGGAGCUGGAGCUGGAGCAGGGAGGACAGCAGCAGAUUGAGGUGGUGUUGCCGGAGAGGCUGGAGUUGGGGGUGUCCGGCACGGGGAUUGUUGGGCGGGAGGUGCGGGUGGCGGUGGAGGGAGUGGAUGCCCUGGUUGAGAUGGGGAGGGGGGUGGUUGGGUUUGAUUGA